AUGCAGACCGACUGCAUCGGCAAGCACAGUACCGAGAUAAACAUGGUUCAGUACGUAGACAAGCUACAAUUUCGGGAAGCCGUAUUGACCGAGGUUUCUUCUUUUGAUCUUGAACAUAUAUUAAGAGGGAUUGGCAAAGAAGAUAAUAUUUCCAUGUUCCUUGAAAGCCUCGGGAUAGAUCCAACUCAAAACACUAAUGAAGGGGGACUAGACUUCUUGAAGGGAGCCCAGGAUAAACUAGACAAAUGGGCGAAAGAAACAAGAGACAUCAAUCCAGUGAUAAUCCUAAGUUCUACAUUGGAGAAAUUGAAUCAUACUUCCGCUAAUAAUUUUUUUCAAGUCAAUGAUGAGAAAAAAAUCAAUCUGCGAGACAAUGAGAUCGAAAUAUAUGCCCGAAAAUACACACGGAACCACUACAAUAAAGUAAGUACGCUUAUCCAACAUUGUCCAUUCCUUGGCAAAGUCGUUAGAGAAAACAAUGAUUAUCUGUUAAAUACUGAGAAUAUGCUUCAUGAUUGGUGGACAGAGCAGCAGUGCAAUUAUUACAGAAGGAGAUGUAUACUCGAUGAGACAUUACCUGAGCAAAAACUCCUGGCAGAUACCAAGCCCUCAAGCCUUCGAACAGGCCCAGGAGAUGAUCAGUGGCCAUCCGACGACGAACUAAAGGUCAUUGAUCGUUACAUCGAUCACAAAUAUACAGCACACGUUCGAGAAUGUCUUGAUGUGUCCACUUUAUCUGAGAGUGAUAACAAGAAUGAUCUGUUUGGUACUUUAUGUGCUUGGAGGCAAUCAUUUAAUGGAGAUUUCACAACAAUGUAUAGGAAGUUAGUAUUUGCUUUAAAGGACACGAACAUUUAUGGUUUACUUUCACCUGUGAGGAAUGAUGCUAUCCACAAUGCUGAGAUCGUAGAGAUAGCAUUCAAUCUACUCAUGACUGACAUCCUACCUGUGGUCAAGCAUCUUCGAAUCAUUGAAACAAAACUGUUAUCCUACAGACCAGCAUUCCAACCGUCUCAUCUCCAAAAAGGCACAAUCGGCCUUGUUUCGACCUUAAUAACGUCGGUGGGAAAGAAUAAACAGAGAGAGGAGUUGUGCAGAAGGCUCAAAGACGGAGGAUUCUCCGGCAGAAUUCAACUGAAUAUAAUUGCCCGUCAAAUGUCCUACGGAGAACUUUCAACAAUUUUCAACACACAGACAACAUGCAUAUCGAGUGCUAAUGAAGAGAAAGAAGCCCCACAGCAAGAGCCACAAGAAGGGGAUCACUUGCUGACUCAAGAAAAACAUCAAGCACCUGAUCCGACCACUGCGACAUUAGAGCCUGAAGUUAAGAAGGACGCAGAGUCCACGAAAGGUUUCAACCGUAUUAAGAACAUUCUACGCAGCAAUUCGUCAAAACAGAGUCCCGAUACCACGCAACAAGAGAUGAAAUCAAAGGAAGGAAGCACUUCCUUAGGUAAAUCAGUAACAAAAACCUUGUUGGAUACAGCAAUAGCGAUGGAACCGAUUGUCGUUCAAGCCGUAGAAUCCUCGCCAGAAGUCACGGAAAGAACAAUCUCCUCAAAUGAAACAAUAGUUAAUAUUGAACCGGAUGCGAUUACAUCUGAAGUCUGUCUGCAUCUCAGCGAGAUCAAACAGACACUAAACUUGUCAGAUGAAGAUGUUUGCUCCUGGGUUGGCGGGAAUCUGGACGAGUUCACAUUGUUUCAGAUAUGGAAGGCAAAAACUCGCUUUUCUGCCAUUAGUGAACGAGCAUCAGUGAUUAAAUGUAUGCAUGACUCUGGAAAAGGUGAACUUGCAAGAUCAGUAAUCGAAGGUAAAUUCAUACCUGAAGAGAUCAGUCUCUCCUUCGUUAAGCAUGUCAUCCAGACAGCGGGAACUAACAGUAAGCUGGAAAAAUUAGCUGCAUCACUGGAUCUGAAGAAGGAGUUUCUAGAAAGUAAAAGUUCGGUUGAUGCCAUAAGUGAGAUCAUUCAGAAGAGACUAGUCACCAGUAUGAAAGGAUCCGAAAAUAUUCCUGGAGAUGGGUCUGGAGCGAGCAAAAAGUCAAAAAAGGAUAAGGAUGUUAAAAGUCAGAUGGGACCAAGCCAAGUUCAUAAUCCUGCCAAUCAAGCAGACAAACUUGUAGAAUAUGGAUUUAUGGACUUAGCUCGCGAACUUCUGAUUAUAUACCAGAAUAACACUCAGUAA